AUGGCCCCGCUCUCCGAAUCGCAACUGAAGGAGCUCUUGGCCUUCACCGUCGAUCUAGCCCAUAAAGCCGGCAAACUGAUCUUAGAAGGCUCCGAGACCAUCGCGAAGGCUUCAGCGUCGGAUAUUAACGAGAAGAAGAACUCCGUUGAUCUCGUUACUGAGUACGACGUCAGGACUGAGGAACUCGUCAAGGGCGAGAUUAAGAAGAAGUAUCCUGACUUCGGAUUCAUCGGCGAAGAGUCGUACUCUUCUGGCACACGACCUCCUCUCACAAACGCGCCUACAUUCUGUGUCGACCCUAUCGAUGGAACGACGAACUUCGUCCACGGCUUUCCAUUCGCUUGCAUCUCGAUCGGUCUCAUUGACCAGAAGCGCCCGGUACUGGGUGUCAUUUACAACCCUUUCCUCGACCAUCUUUACCACGGCGUCAAAGGGCAGGGCUCGUUCUUGAUCAAGAAUGGCGGAAGCCCGCUGAAGUUGCCGUUGUACGGCGCGAAGCCUCUUCCCUCGCUCGGGCAAGCGUUGAUCGCGAUUGAGUGGGGAUCGGACCGUAAAGCCCCCACAAUCGUAGCCAAGUCAGACAGCUUCUUGCGUCUGGCUGGCGAUCCCGAGAACGGCGUUCAGAAGGGCAAGAUGGCGCACUCGCUGCGCUCGAUGGGAAGUGCUGCGUUGAACUUUGCUAUGGUUGCCCAGGGAGGUUUGGACAUGUACUGGGAGGUCGGAUGCUGGGCUUGGGACGUAUGCGCUGGUGUAGUGAUUGCACAAGAAGCCGGUGGCUUUGUGACAGGAUCAGCGGAUUCGCCGCACGAUGGCGACGUCACCGAGAACAUCCUGAUGGGCCGCAAGUACCUUGUAGUCCGCGGCAUCGCGGCGACUGGAAACGAGAGUGCCCUGCAAGCACAACAAAGGAUCGCGAAGGAGUUCUACGAGACAGUUGAGAAUCCGGAUGCCCUGUAG